AACGCGGGCGCGCGAUCUUUUCGUACGCACCAAUUGACCAGUCAGGACAGCAGUCAGUUUGCUCUAUUCAACCAGUAGCCUAACGUUAGCGACAGUUCAAUGGAAGCGAACUAAUAUUGAGCUCUGUUAUGCAAAAUUAAUAGGACGUGUUUUCAACCAACUGUUUCGAAUUCGUUAAGAAAGUUAUACAACAGACCUAUAUUGAAAUGUAGGAGAGAACUGAUUGGCUAACUAGCAUCGCUUCGUAUACACCACGGAAAGGAUCACUCAGCAGGUUUAUGAGCCAUAGGUCAAUGUGGCGUCGGUGACUCCUGAUGUCCAUUCCCCCCUCGCGGGUGUGUCGAGGCAAGUCAUGACCCUACGGGAGUCCCCCUUCUCCAAUGGCUGUGCGGAGGGCCUGCAUGCCGUGGGCUGGGCUCUUAUCCUGCCCUGCUUCUGGUUCCUGGAGAAAAUCCUGGCUGUCUGCAAUUCCACCAGCCUGGAGCGGGCCCAGCGGGCAGAGCAGGAGUGCUACCUCAACCCUCUCAGGGUCUUCUUUGGGGCCAUACUCUUCUUCACCCUCUUCCUUCUCACCGCCCCCCUGGCCCUCCUGGGGUUCCUGCUCUGGGCGCCCCUUCAGGCAGCGCGCAGGCCCUUCUCCUACCACCAGGAGGCGGCGGUCCCUCAGGAGGAGCAGCCGGUCGGGAGCAGUAAGGUCACUUUCGGGUUCGUGACUGGCAACCUGUGCCUGCUGCCGGACGGCCUGGCGCGGUUCAACAACCUGGGCCACACGCAGCGGCGCGCCACGGCCAUCGGGAAGCUGAUCGCGCACGGCGUGAGCCGUCCCCGCAUCCGCAUCUUCGUGGACUCGCCCAGCAGCUGCGGCACGCUCAGCCCCUCCAGCAGCCUCCUGCCCCAGCCCACGCCCUCCUACGGAGCCACCGGCCAGCAGGACCAGUCCCCCCCGGAGGACCGCGCGGACCAGGCCGGCCGGGCCCCCAGGACCCAGGGGGACGUGGCGAUCGACCUGCAGGGCGAGGACCCGGAGCCUUCGGCUCCGCCCGCCUCCGCGGCCAACUUCAACCAGAAUUCCAACCAGCAGAGCCGCCGCGGGCACCGGCACCCGCCGAGGGAGCUGGGAGCGCUGGGCUCGGGCGACGACGUGCCCUGGGAGGUGUCCGCGCUGUUCCCGGCCAACACGGACAUGGUGUGCCUGGAGGAGGUCUUCGACAAGCGGGCGGCCCAGAAGCUGACGGCGGCCCUGGGCCCUCUGUUCGGGCACGUGCUGUACGACGUGGGCGUGUACGCCUGCCAGGUGCCCGGCUGCUGCGCUGGCUUCAAGUUCUUCAACAGCGGCCUGUUCCUGGCCAGCCGCUACCCUGUGCUGGAAGCGCAGUACCACUGCUUCCCCAACAGCAAGGGAGAGGACGCCCUGGCUGCUAAAGGCCUGCUCGCCGUCAAGGUGCUGAUUGGUCAGAAUCAGGAGCAGAAUGUGGUGGGGUAUUUCAGCUGCACACACCUCCAUGCCCCUGAAGGUGAAGGAGCUAUCAGAUGUAUACAGCUGGACAUGGUCACAAAGUGGAUCGCAGAGUUCCAGGCCCAGACCAAGCAAUCCAACGAAACGGUGGUGUUUGACGUGCUCUGCGGCGACUUCAACUUUGACAACUGCUCUCCUGACGAUGUGUUGGAGCAGAAGCAUGGCCUGUUCGAGGACUACAGAGACCCCUGCAGGGCUGGGCCUGGCAAAGAGAAGCAGUGGGUUAUCGGUGUGUAUGUCCACCUACACCCCCAUUUCUCCAUCUCCCUGGGCUACAGCUUCUACCGACGCCCCUCUUAUCUUCAUCUCUUUGGGCUACAACUUUCACCUACUCCCCUCUUAUCUCCAUCUCCCUGGGCUACAACUUUCACCUACACCCCCCAUUUCUCCAUCACUCUGCUACAGAUUUCACCUACACCCCCAUUUCUCCAUCACUCUAUGCUACAACUUUCACCUGCACCCCCCAUUUCUAUCUCCCUGGGCUACAACUUUUACAUUUUUGAUAAACUAUAAAUGUAUUUUUAAAUGCCUACUGGUUUGUUCCCAAACUUCAAGACAAACAAACAAAAAUCUAGUUAAUGAACUAGAAGAUCUAUUCAUAAGCGUAAAUUUAAAAUGUAAAUUUUGUUUAUUAAGAUUAACAAACACUAUUUUAUCCAGUUAAAAGUGCAGUGCAAUGCAGUGGAAAAAAACUUGUAAUUUUUAGAAUUUUUGUUUUUGUGUUUCUUUUUACAUAAUUUGUUUUAAAAACCCUUCAAGUGGAAUUGAAGAGCAUUUAAAAAUAAGCAUCAAGUGGUGUUGCAGAGCAUUUUCUAUGGCUUUAGUUCACACAGAACCAGCACAGGAAUCCCAGCUACCUGUCCUUUCCAACAAUUAUCAGGAUUUAGUAGACUGAUGGGAUACAGGCAGUGUUUGCAUUUUAUUUAGCUACUCUGGCCACUAAAGACAUACAAAUAGACAAAGCUAGGCUACAUCUUAGAAAUCAUAGUUGGUAAAACAUGAAUUUAUUGCAUUUAUAAGUGGGUAAAUUGUUUUUGUUUGGGUACACCUUGUUUUCAUUAGACAAAAAGAAAAGCAUUAAAGAAUCUGUCAGCAAGUACUAAAGUAAAUGGUCCUGUUACUAUGGUACUGCUCAUAUGCAUCUGCUCCUAGCAAAUUGAUGCUCUCUCUUUCUCUCUCUCUCUCUCUCUCUCUCUCUCUCUCUCUC